AUGAAAAUACAUCCCAAAGAACUUGAACACAGGUUGGUAACGAGGAAUCAAGUGUGUGGACUGACACAAAAAUAUUUGGAGCAGUACCUACAUCAUCUAGCUGAUAAAGAAGAGUGGGAGACUUUCAUGGACGUAUUAGCCCUUACCGUGUAUGGCGUCGUUUUGUUUCCCAAAGUAGAAGGCUUUGUGGAUUAUACCGCAAUAGAUGUCUUCGUAGCAAAAAAGACAAGAUCAGAGAACCCUGUAACAGCAGUCCUCGCAGAUGUUUAUGGGACCAUGAGUUUUUGUCAUGAAAGGAACGGAAAGAAAAUUCUUUGUUGUUUGCCGGUGCUGUAUGCGUGGAUGACUGCGCGCGUGGGUAAAGGGGUAGUUGAUUGUCCGUUGAAAGGUCCGUCACACCAGAGGCUUAAAGACAGAGGAGGAAAUGAGUGGGCCCAUUUCUUUGCUGGUUUGAAUGGGGAAAAGAUAAAGUGGCGUCUUCCUUGGCUCGAGCUUAAACCCUCCAUCCAUCAUUGUGGCAGCUUUCCCAAUGUACCCCUCAUAGGUACCAGAUAUUGUGUCAACUACAACCCCGUUUUAGUCCAAAGGCAAUUCGGGCAUCCCAUAAGAGGGGCGCCUUCACCGGACUGUCUUACUACACUAUUCAUCUACUAUGAGGACGGACGUUUUGCUGAAAUGUUGAGGAAGGUCAGAAAUGCUUGGGAAAGCGUGGUGCGGGCUGAAAGGGAUUUAAGGGUUGGAGUAGUAGAUAGCAAGGUCAGUUACCACACUUGGAUUUUAGAAAGGGUAAAUGAAGUCAAACUCCCUUUCAAGACAAUCAAUGAUCAUCUGGUCAAGGAAGGGCAACCUCAGGACGUAGAGAGUGAAGAGGUGAGGCAAUUGAAAGCGGAGAUGGAAGAACUAAGAGAGAGGAAUGCCAGGUUAGAAAUCGAACUACAAAGGAUGCACAAUGAUUUUGUGAAUAUGAAGAAUGAUAAAGAGGAUAAGUCGCGAGCCUACGAAGAAAUGAUUAAAAGUCGAGAAGCUGAAAGAGGAUAUACACUCCGAUUGAAGCAGGAUCUGGCGGCCGCAAGCAAAGAACUAGCCGUGAGAAUAAAAGAGAAGAAUACAGCUUUGGAAGAAGGGAAACAGUGGUAA